UCUCUGUGUUGAGCAACUUAACAUCAAAACAUACAAGCAAGAAGUUGAGAAGCAAGUAGAGAAGAACUCAAGAGACAUGGCUGCAAGAGGAAGUGGAUGGCUUGGUGAUAGCAGAGGAAUGAGCAGAAAGAGCGUUGAGAAGGCAUUAAACUUGGCCUUGGAGGUUCAGAAUUCACCAGACAAACUUUUCCUUCUUGAAGAGAUCAGCGAAAGCAACCCUCCAGAAGUUAUCAUCAGCUUUCAAAGAUCAGUUGCUGUCAAGGAUUGGUAUUCCAAUAGACCCUUUGGGGAGACCAGAAUAAAACUUGAUCUAUUCCCUUCACUUAAAAGCAUUGGUAACGAUGAAGCUGCUUUUGUGAAUGAAGCCUUUCAGCAAAGAUUUAAAGACAUUUUGGACAAAACAACACUUGAACAUGAGGUGAGGAAUGCAAUGACAAAUAAGAAGAAAAUAGUGUUUACAGGACACUCCUCUGGUGGUCCUGUGGCCAUUCUGGCAACCCUAUGGGCCUUGGAUAAGUGCCUAAUUCCAAUAUCCGACGGGGGUAUCCCUCCUCAGUGUGUAACUUUUGGUUCUCCCUUAGUUGGUAAUCACAUAUUUUCUCAUGCUACAAGAAGAGAAAAUUGGUCUCGCUACUUCUGGCAUUUUGUGAUGAGAUAUGACAUAGUGCCACGAAUCUUACUUGCUCCUCUCUCUUCCUUUGAUAAAGGAUUUGAAUUACAAUCAUUCAAUCCAAUUCCCAAUCCCGAUUCCGAUUCUUACAAAGCAGCUUCAGACUUCUACUUCGCCAUAAUGUCAAAUGUUGCAACUGUUACGAGCCAUGCUGCCUGUAAGCUAAUGGGCAGCACACCUGCCACACUUGAAAAUCUUGCAAAAGUCAUUCCAUUAAGCCCUUACAAACCCUUUGGAACUUACAUUUUCUGCACUGAAAAUGGAAAUGUUGGAAAGCUAAUUGUCAUAGAAAACCCAGAUGCAGUUCUGCAGCUCAUGUUUUUCUCUGCUCAAUUAAGCAAUGAAGCAGAAAAAGAUCAAGUUCCCUGUAGAAGCCUACAACAACAUUUCAUUUAUGGCACCAUCAAAUCAAAACAAACCUUACAUAGGUACAAUUGUGUGUCCUUGGACAAACUCGAGGAACUUCCUUUGUCCGAAGCUUGUUCAGUUGGCAAUGUUACAGCGACUAAAACAGCCUUGAAUGACCUUGGCCUAAGCACAAGAGCAAGACUGUGUCUUCUGGCAGCAGCAGAGUUAGAGGAUCGAAGAUCCAGAAACAAGGAUAGCAUAACAAAGAAGAAAGAUUUUGUUGAGGAAAAAAUGAAAGAACUGGAAGAAUAUAAAAAUAUGUGGGAGCGUGAGAGUAUUGGUUACUACUAUGCAUUCAAGGUGCAAAAUGUGAAAGAUGACUUCAAAGCAAAUGUGAACAGGUUAAAGCUGGCAGGUGUGUGGGAUGAGAUCAUUGAAAAAUUGAGAAGUUAUGAACUACCAGAUGAGUUUGAAGGCAAUGAAGAAUGGGUUGAGCUUGGAACAAGGUUUCGCCGACUAGUGGAGCCUCUGGAUAUUGCCAAUUAUUAUCGCCAUUUGAGGCAUCUCGAGGGUGGUUUGAAUUCUUACAUGGGUGAUAAGGGGAGGCCAAAACGAUAUAGAUACAUCCAAAGAUGGCUGGAGCAUAAGGAGAAGACAAAAAUAAAAGAAUACUCGGAAUCUUGCUUUUGGGCUGAGGUGGAGGAUCUUCGCAACAUAACCACUAACAACAAUAGCUCAUUUGAAAAUGUUGAGGAAAGGGUUGCAAAACUAGAGGCUCAAAGAUUACAAUCGAUUGAUAAAAAAGAACUAGCUGACGAUGUCUUUUUGAAGGGUGCUGUUAGGAGAUUCCGUGAAAUGAUAUGAGCACUUGAGUUGAGGAGGCUAUAAAAGGUAGAAAGAGAAUAGAAGACACAUUUUUUGUCAUUUUGUAAUUUUGAUUUAGCAGAAAACACUUUUACCUUCAGUUUGCUAUGUCUUUGGUCUUGUAUUUGAAAUUGUCUCUGAAUUUCGUCUUCUUCUUCGUUCUUAUAUUUUUCCUCCAUUGUUGAAGUUGGAAGCUCGUUUUGCCUAGAAUUUGGAUCUGUGAAGAAACGCAUUGAAGCACAUCAACAUUUCCACUUUCAGAUUUCUUCUUCUACUCAUCUUCUUCACUUAUAAUUUGGAACUCUGU